UGGCUUGCAAGAUGAACAUUAGGUCUCAUCUCCAUCUUCCAUUGGUGGCUGCCCUGAUGCUAAUCACAAUCAACAGGUGUGGUGAGGCUAGCGUGGCAACAGGUGCGAAGGACGCCAACGCAACGGUUUCUGACAACGUCAAAGCAAAUCCUAGUGUAAACAACGAUGGAACUAAUGAAGAUAAAUUGAAUCCCCGCAUGAUUGGUGGAUAUCCUGCCGGUAGUUAUAGCGGAUAUGACUCUGGUGUUACGUCGAAGCCUUAUCCCAACUACGGAUUCGGUUAUUCCGGCAAUGUAAACUACGGUUCGUCGAACACCAUGGGUUCGAAUUAUGGUUCGGUGACUGCUGGCCCUUACGGCGCAUCUUACGGAUCUGGAAGCUAUGGCGUUACACCUGCUACGUAUGGUGCGUCCUACGGGGGACCUUAUGGCAACACAGGCCCUUCUUACGGUGUGAAUCCGCUUCCAACUUACGGUGGUAUGGCUAACCCAGCAUAUGGAACCGGAUCUUCUUAUGGUGUUCCUCCUGCUUACGGAAACAAUAUGGGCUCUUCGUAUGAGGGUUAUCCAGCGACUCAUCCCUACUCUUCCUACGGCAGUAACAUGAACACGAUUGGAUCUUAUGGCAACACUGGAGCAAACUACGGAGUCGGUAGCUAUGGAGGUAAUGCUGGAUCUUACGGUGGAUUUGGGAACAGUUACGGCGUUACUCCGUAUUCAGCUCUUGCUGGCGGCAUGGGUGCAUCUUCUUAUAGUGGAAACUACGGUGGAGGAUCUUAUGGUGGAAACUACGGCGGAGGACCUUAUGGAAACGGUAACAUGUACGGUGGAAUGAUGAAUGCAGGAUACGGUAUGGGAUUAGGAUCUAAUUCAUAUUCCAACAUUGGCGCUGGAUACCACGCCAAUAGGAAUCUUUUCUAUUGAUCCCAGACUUUGAUUUCCUGUCGCCACGAAACAUGGUUUAUAGUUUAUUCUUUUC